GAAAGCAACCUUAACCGGCAAAUUUUUCCCGGUUUUCUGUGGUUCGGCUUAUAAGUAUGUCGGAGUAAAACUAGUUUUAGAUGGAGUAGUAGAUUAUUUACCAUCACCAGUGGACGUGCCACCAAUACCAGUGUUUUCUCCGCAAGAUAAGAGUAAGCAAGGAAAAGUAUCGGCUAAUUCCUAUAUUUACAAUGUUAAUCAGGGGAAAAAAGAACGAGUGGGUCGGUUAGUCCGCAUGCAUGCCAAUAAUAAAGAGGAAGUUAAAUCAGUAGGUGCUGGCGAUAUUGCCGCAGUGAUUGGUUUAGAACAUACCAUCACUGGUGAUACUUUUGGCGAGGAAAAAAAUCCCUUGUUGUUGGAAACUAUUGAUUUUGCUGAGCCAGUAAUUACCCAAGCUAUUGAACCCAAAACUAAUGAAGACAAAGAAAAACUAAGAGAGGCUUUAGAAAAAUUAAAAAUUCAAGAUCCUAGUUUUAAAUACUGGAUAGAUCGGGAAACCGGACAAAUGAUUAUUGCUGGUAUGGGCGAACUACAUUUGGAAGUUUCCGUGGAAAGGCUAAGAAGAGAAUUUAAAUUAGAAAUUGAAAGUAAACAACAAAAAGUAUCCUAUCGGGAGACUAUUACCCAAAAAGUAGAAAAUGUCGAAGGAGAAUACAAAAAACAAACUGGGGGAAGCGGACACUUUGCCCGCGUUAAACUUACUUUCGAACCCAACAAAGGAAAAGGUUUUGAGUUUGUCGAUGCUAAAAAAGGGCAAGAAAUGUCUAAUAAAGAUGCUGAGGAAGUAAAAGAAGGAUUGGAAGAAGCGAUGUCCUCCGGUUUACUCUUGAACUAUCCCUUGCUUGAUAUAAAAGUUACUUUGUUGGAAGGAAAAAGGCACACCGUUGAUACUAAACCAGGCGAUUUUAAAAAUGCUGCUAUUUUAGCCUUUCGUGGCGAUAAAACCGAAGAAAGACAAAAAAAAAUCCAAGAAUUGGGAGUAGUUUUAUUAGAACCAAUUAUGCAAUUAGAAGUAGUAGUCCCGAAAGAUUACAUGGGUGAUAUCUUGGCCAAUUUAUCUUCACGCCGUGCGGUUAUUGAAAGUACUGAAGAAAGAGAAGGUGAUAGUUAUAUUGGUGGCAAAACUCCCCUCCGAGAAAUACUUAAUUAUACCACUACCUUACGGCAAAUAACCAAGGGCCGCGGUACUUAUUCCAUGCAUUUAUCCCAUUAUCAAGAAGUUGCUUCCGAUAUCCUAGCAGAAAUAUUGAAAGAAGAAAAAUUACAAUAA